AUGUAUUUAGAUUACAACUCAUUGACUUCAACUAUCCCAUCCACACUUUGGACUAACAAGGAUAUUCUGAUUUUGAGUUUAGCUUAUAAUUCGCUAAAUGGGUCAUUGGCUUUAGAAAUUGGAAGCAUUAAGAACAUGAGGGAGUUAUACUUAUCAGGAAAUCAGUUUUCAGGUGAUAUUCCAAGCACCCUUGGGCAACUUCAAAAUUUGGAAAUUCUUACAUUAUCGAACAAUCAGUUACAUGGUCAUAUACCUGAGUCGUUUGGGAAUUUGAUUUCAUUGCAAAAUCUGGAUCUUUCCAAAAACAAUCUCUAUGGUGUAAUCCCCAAGUCAUUGGAAAAACUUGAGUACCUUGAGUAUUUCAAUGUUUCAUUCAAUGAACUUAGUGGUGAAAUUCCAAGUGGAGGGCCUUUCAAAAAUUUCAGGUCAGAAUUUUUUGUAGGCAAUAGAGAAUUGUGUGGAGCAUCUCAAUUUAAAGUCAAGCCGUGCAAAAAUAAUACAGCUAGAUUAUCAAGCAAUACUAGAGUUUUGAAGUACAUUUUACUACCAGUUGCUAUUGUAUUGAGUUUGGCCAUUACUGUGGUUUAUGUAAUAAGACGCGGUAGUAGAAGUACGGUUCUACUAGCUCACUCUACUUUCCCUAUCACUGUCAAGAGGAUUUCAUAUUAUGAAGUUCUAAAUGCUACCAACAAUUUUGGUGAAGAGAAUCUUAUUGGUGAAGGCAACAUCGGGUUAGUGUACAAGGAAAUAUUUUCAGAUGGAAUGAUAGCUGCAAUUAAGGUUUUUAAUCUAGAUUUGGAAGCCUUGGUGCUGGAAUAUAUGCCUAAUGGAAACCUUACAAAAUGGCUAUCCUCGAGCAACUAUUUCCUAAAUAUGUCUCAAAGAUUGGAAAUAAUGACAGAUGUGGCAUCUGCACUCGAGUAUCUGCAUCAUGGGUGUCCCUUUCCGAUUGUUCAUUGUGAUUUGAAGCCCAACAACAUAGUUUUAGAUGAAGAUAUGGUUGCCCAUGUUGGAGACUUUGGCAUUUCCAAGCUUUUAACUGAAGACCAGAGAAUUUCAAUUACCAAGACGUUAGGGACCAUUGGAUAUAUGGCUCCAGAGUAUGGAUCUACUGGAUUGAUAUCGACUAUGGCCGAUGUUUAUAGCUAUGGGAUUAUGCUGAUGGAGACAUUUACCAAAAAGAAGCCGACAAGUGAUAUGUUUGUUGGAGAGUUCACAAUGAGGAAAUGGGUGUUCGAAUCAUUCCCCGAUGCAAUAAUGCAGAUAGUGGAUGUUGAUCUAGUGAAUCCAGUUGAAGAUAAUAUUCAAGCCAAAGAGAUCUGCUUUAGAUCAAUAAUGGGAAUAGCACUAGAAUGCACGGCUAACUGGCCCAACGAGAGGCUCAAUUUGAAAGAUGUUGUAAAAAGGCUCAAGGAGAUCAAAACUGAAUUUUGUAAAGUAUAA